UUCGCAAUUAGGCAUACCCUGCAACAUUGAACAUUUGACAAUACAAAUUUGUGAAGGCUUAGAGAAGUUAUCAGCUACCAUGCAGAACCUCUCAUGUCUUAGAAAGUUAGAGCUUGUGGGGUGCCCAAAAUUGGUUUCACUUUUGACAAAUAACUUGCCUCCAACUCUUAAAAGUUUGGAGAUCCGCAGUUGUGAGAAUUGCAAUGUUUACUGGAUGACAGACAGAAUAUCAAUUUCAGCAGCACAUCUCUCCUUGAAUCUCUUAGAGUCAACCAUUGUGGAGCUCUAAAAUCAUUAUCAUCAAGAGGUAAGUUACCUGUGAUGCUUAAAUCUUUGACAAUCUGCUGCCCAAAGCUUGAUUAUGUAGCGCAUGAAAUUGGGGAUAAUAUUUGUCUUGAAUCUAUUGAACUCCUCGGGUGUACAAAUAUUAAAUAUUUACCCCAAGGACUGGACAGGCUGAGCUGUCUUCAGAAUAUUCGCCACCAUAAUUGUUCAAAUCUGGUUUGUUUCGCAGAAAGUGGCUCGUCAGCCUAUAACCUCAAAUCUCUAUCCCUCUUUGAAUAUGAUAAACUUGAAGUUCUGCCCAACUUAUACUCUCUUCAGGAGUUGACAAUAGUUAGUUGUCCAAUGAUGAAAUCAAUUGGAGAAGCAGGUUUGCCUCCCAACCUGGCAUCACUUGUCAAGUAUGAUCCCAAUUUUAGUAAGCUAGUUAUGGAGUGGGGAUUGCAUAGAUUCACCUCUCUUAAAAAACUUCGCAUUGAUGGUGGUGAUUUUAUAGAUGUCGAGUCGUUUCCACAGGUGAAGAUAGGAAUGAAUAUGAAGCUGCCCCCUUCUCUCACCCAUCUUGAAAUCAGAAAUUUCAAAAUUAUAAGAAAGCUAUCCUCCAAAGGCUUUCAAAACCUCACCUCUCUUCAAUUUUUGAAUAUUUGUAUUUGCCCAAAGCUCAAAUCCCUUUCCAAAAAGGAAAUGCUUCCCUCCCUUUCGAAACUAUUUAUUUGUAGUUGUCCAGGGCUGAAGAAAAGAUACAGAAGGGACAAAGGAAAACUAUGGUCCAACAUUGCUCACAUACCAUGUGUUUUCAUUGACGAUGAAUUUCAAUGAUCAAAAGUGGAAGAAUAAUUAGAGCAUGUAUCAAGGACUCAGCAUCAUUCUUGGUAUCAGAGCCUCAGUUCUUGGUAAUGACACAGG